AGCUGACAGGCUGGGAAUGACUUUGCGAAAAGGACGAUGGCGGAGCGGACCGUGUUGUACUGGGGCUCGGGCUCCCCGCCCUGCUGGCGCCUGAUGAUCGCGCUAAGGGAGAAGCAGCUGCUGGACGUCCCGCACAAGUUGCUGUCCUUCGACAAGCAGGAGCACAAGUCGUCCGAAGUUCUGGCACUGAACCCCCGGGGAGAACUCCCCACCUUCAUGCUCAACGGCAACGUGGUGAACGAGUCGAUGGCGGCGUGCCUGUACCUGGAGAGUCAGUACAAGUCCCAAGGCAGCCAGCUGAUCCCAGACAACCCAGCAGAGCAGGCUCUUGUGUACCAGAGGAUGUUUGAGGUGGUAACUCUGCAUCAGAAGAUGGCUGACUUUCUCUUCUACAACUGGAGGGUUCCAGAGCCCGAAAGACAUGAAACGGCACUGGCAAGGAACAAGUCUGUGCUGAGCACGGAGUUUAAAUUCUGGGAAGGAUAUCUGCAGAAGAUGGGACCACACUCGUAUAUAGCAGGGAAGAACUUCACCAUGGCUGAUGUCAUGCUGUUUCCUCACCUGGCCUUCUGCAUCCGAUUUGGCCUCUCUCAGAAAAGGUACCCCAAUCUGCUGCAUUACUACAACCGAGUGAAGGAACGCCCGAGUAUCCAGGCCACCUGGCCCCCUCACUGGAAGGAGAGCCCUCCAACCAUGGACUCCCUGAAGGAGGUCUAAGGUCCCUGUUCUCACCAGGCUUGUUGUCUGCCUCUGCCAUUGGGCACAGACACAUUCCCUGCAGGCUGCCAAUGAGCCUGCAGUCAGAGACUUCUAAUGAAACAUGCUGAUAUUUUCUAGGGGGAGUGGGUGAUUUGAACCUUUGGAUAUAUUCAACAAGAUUUAUUAAAGAAAUGAGAGAUGAUUAUUAA